CUUGAAAAUGGCUCCUAAAGCUAUGGAACCUAAGCUCAUAGUAAGAGCCGAACCGAAGCAAGCUAGUAGCCGCUCGCUAUGUUAUUCGAUGUUAAGGCCCCUAAAGCAAGCUAUUGAAUUGUUCCUAACCAAAGAAAGGAGAGAUAUAGAUUACGUUCAUCUCAUAAAGAUGUUCCUUUUCACUCCUAAAUGA